AUGGACCUGGUCUUCAUGGACAGCAGCGACCCCACCACGGCCACGUAUGACAGCCGGGGAGGGCUGGACUACCACGUGCCUGUGACUGGCAGCACUGCGAGGGAGCCGCCUCUCUACAUCGUGCAUGUUGCUCUCGAGAUGGCACCCGUUGCCAAGCAGCGUACGACAACCGGGGGGCUGGACUACCACGUGCCUGUGACUGGCAGCACUGCGAGGGAGGCGCCUCUCUACAUCGUGCAUGUUGCUCUCGAGAUGGCACCCGUUGCCAAGUUGUCUGACACACAAACCAAUCUACCUCUGUCUGUCCUCCAUGCCAUCCCUCCGUGCCAUCCCUCCGUGCCAUCCCUCCGUACCAUCCCUCCGUGCCAUCCCUCCGUGCCAUCCCUCCGUGCCAUCCCUCCGUGCCAUCCCUCCGUGCCAUCCCUCCGUGCCAUCCCUCCGUGCCAUCCCUCCGUGCCAUCCCUCCGUGCCAUCCCUCCGUGCCAUCCCUCCGUGCCAUCCCUCCGUGCCAUCCCUCCGUGCCAUCCCUCCGUGCCAUCCCUCCGUGCCAUCCCUCCGUGCCAUCCCUCCGUGCCAUCCCUCUGUCUGUACCAUGUUGGGGGGCUGGGCGACGUUGGGGGGCUGGGCGACGUGGUGACGUCGCUGUCGCGAGCCACGAUUGAGCUGGGGCACCGCGUGGAGGUGGUGCUGCCCAAAUACGAUUGCCUCAAGUAUGACCAGGUGCAAGGGCUGGAGGCGAGGGGCGAUUUCCUGUGGGGCGGCACGCGGUGGCUGCUGUGGCACGGCCGUGUGGAGGGCAUUCCCGUUCACUUCCUUGAGCCAGACAGCGGCCAGACAGCGGGUGAGUGCGUGUGUAGCUCCCCUUGUGUGCCUCAAAAGCUUCGUCUGAUCGACUGGGAUCCCCUCUCUCUCUUGCUGGCUGCUGUGGCACGGCCGGGUGGAGGGAAUUCCAGUGCACUUCCUGGAGCCAGACAGCGGUGCCAGAGAGCGGGUGAGUCGCAGCUUGUCUUAUUGGGCUUCAGAGCCAAGGUGUGUGAGUUGUUCUGGGUUGGGUGCAUCUACGGCCGCAAGGACGACGCUGCCCGCUUCGGCACCUUCAGCCAUGCAGUCGUUGAGCUGUUCUGGGUGGGGUGCAUCUACGGCCGCAAGGACGACGCUGCCCGCUUCGGCACCUUCUGCCACGCGGCCCUCGAGUUCCUGCUGCAGACGGGCCGCUCCCCGGACCUCCUGCAUUGCCACGACUGGUCGUCAGCGUCGGUGGCGUGGCUACAGAGGGAGCAGUACAGCGGGUAUGGAGGGGGCAACGCGCGCACGGUGUUCACAAUCCACAACCUGGAGUUUGGCCAGGACAUGAUUGGCCGCGCCAUGGCUGCCUGCGACAUGGCUACCACUUGGGCCAACGCACGCACGGUGUUCACGAUUCACAACCUCGAGUUCGGGCAGGACAUGAUCGGCCGCGCCAUGGCAGCAUGCGACAUGGCCACCACUGUAUCCCCCACAUACGCGGCGGAGGUAUCCCCCACAUAUGCAGCGGAGGUCAGUGGGCAUGCAGCAGUGGCGGCGCACAGGGCGAAGUUCCACGGCAUUCUGAAUGGCAUCGACCCUGACCUCUGGGACCCCAUGGGGGACCCCUUCCUCCCGGGCAAGCAGGCAGCCAAAGCAGAGCUCCGCGCGCGCCUCAACCUGCGCUCCUUCUCCCCUUCAGAGGACCGGCCCCUGAUGAAAUAUUCUUCCGCCGAAGUGGUGGAGGGCAAGCAGGCAGCCAAGGCAGAGCUCCGCGCGCGCCUCAACCUCCGCUCCUUCCCUCCAGACGAGGACCGGCCCCUGGUGGGGAUAGUGACGCGCCUGACAGCGCAGAAGGGCAUAGCGCUGAUCAAGCAUGCCCUGUGGCGCACAUUGGAGAGGGGCGGGCAGGUGGUGCUGCUGGGGUCGGCACCCGAUGGGCGCGUGCAGGGCGAGUUUGAGGCGCUGGCGAGGGAUCUGGGGCGGUCUCAUGGAGACAUGGCACGUCUUUGGCUGUCUUAUGAUGAGCCGCUUUCACACCUGCACGCGCUGUGGCGCACGUUGGAGAGGGGCGGGCAGGUGGUGCUGCUGGGGUCGGCACCCGAUGGGCGCGUGCAGGGCGAGUUUGAGGCGCUGGCGAGGGACUUAGGGCGGUCGCAUGGAGACAUGGCUCGGCUGUGGUUGUCUUAUGAUGAGCCGCUCUCGCACCUGAUCUACGCAGCCAGUGACAUGAUUCUCGUCCCCUCCAUCUUUGAGCCGUGCGGGCUGACCCAGCUGGUUGCAAUGCGGUACGGAGCGGUACCGGUGGUGCGGAAGACAGGCGGCCUGAGAGACACAGUAAUGGACGUGGAUAGUGAGGAGGACAUGCAGAGAGCAGCAGAGAGGGGCAUGGAGCCCAAUGGGUUCUCCUUUGAAGGGGCCGAUGCUGCUGGCGUUGACUAUGCGCUCAACAGGGCAAUCUCGGGGUGGUACGAUGGGAGGGAGUGGUGGCAGGGCCUGGCAAGGCGAGUGAUGGAGCAGGACUGGACAUGGAACCGCCCUGCUCUCGACUACCUCGAGCUCUAUUAUGGUGCUCGGAAAUAG